GGUGGGGUUAGGGGCAGGCUGCUGGUUCCGAUAGGCAACCGGGCAAGGUCGGCCUUUUCAUUUAUAUAUAACAACCCAGCCGACCUAUAUACCUCCCCGCACCAAUAUACACACACACCCAGUCCCAGGCCAUGAGAACGUCCUCCCGCCAGGAAGCUCAGUGAGAGAGGCAGCGACCGAGGGAGGAGACAGCGAGGAGCGGCCACGGGCAAGCGGAGCGACGCUAGCAGCACCAUGCACUCGGAGGUGGAGAAAUUUUCCACAAAUUCAACAUCUAUUCUUGAGUUGUACCGUUCACAUGGAGAAAAUCUGGAGAAAAAGAGUGAGAGCUCUGUAGGCACUGGCGAUGUGGAGUACAGCAGUAUGCUAAUGCUUGAAGGAAUGCCAGCUAUAAGAAUCAAAACAGAGCCGGCGGAACCUGGGCAAGGGUCAGUCCAAGCCUCUGAAUGCGAACGAACGGAAUCAGUCCCCAUGUUGAUAAAUAAUGUGAAAAUGGAAUCUUCUAUGCUGCUUGGUGAUCUGAAGAAAGAUGCACCAGUGUUACUAAGCAACAUUAAGAUGGAACCACCAGAGGAACUACUUUCAAAUGACGAUAACCAGCCACAGACAGAACCUGUUGAUUUGUCCUUAAAUAAAUCUAGGACCUCACCAGUAGUGCCACUGGUUUCAUCGUCACUUCCAGUUAUAACAGCAACCUCUUCAUAUUCUUCUUCGGACAUCUCAGCUGGGGGACCAGUCAAUGUUACUUCAGCCAUCCCAGCAGUGUUAUCACCAGGUUCAAUCCUGGCCUCGUCCCAGGGGGUUGGAGGUCAGCAGAUUCUGCAUGUCAUACACACUGUGCCGUCAAUCAGUUUACCCAGGAAAAUGGGAAACCUCCAACAUUUGCCUGUGGUUGUCCAAUCAUUGCCUGUGGUCUACACAGCAGUGCAGCCAGAUGGUGUGACGUCAUCAAUCACUGUCCCUCUUAUAGGGGAUGAUGGAAAAAGUGAAGGUGCAGUGAGAAUUGAUCAGAGUCCCAUGUCCCCAAUGGAGACCAAAACUGACAGUGAGGAAGAUGAUGACUCCCCUAACAUAUCCUUCGACGGUGUUCAUGAGAGCAACUCUGCCAUUCUCAACAUGUCAGGGGCAAUGAGAGAGGAGGACUCAGUUUGGCCUAUUGAUCCGUCUCGGCUGCUGGAUGAUCCAUAUGGUGCUCAGAACCUGCAUGGAAUACGACGAUUGCCGAGAUCUGAGUCACCUGACCCGAAAAGGAGGCGUGUCCACCAAUGCGACUUUGAGGGAUGUAAUAAAGUGUAUACAAAGAGCUCUCACUUAAAGGCGCAUCGAAGGAUCCACACAGGAGAGAAGCCCUACCGAUGUACCUGGGAAGGAUGUACAUGGAAGUUUGCACGCUCCGAUGAGCUGACGAGGCAUUUCCGCAAGCACACUGGCAUAAAGCCUUUCAAAUGCUCGGACUGUGACCGGAGUUUUUCCCGCUCGGACCACCUUGCACUGCACCGCAGAAGACACUUGAUGAUGUGAAGGUACUUUAAGGCCAACUUCACAUCAGAGUCCUUGCUCUGCCUCCAUCCCAUUAUUCAGCAUUGCUGAAUUCUGACAGCACCUGCUGCAAGAUGGCACCUGUGGAUGCCAAUUUAGAGAGAGAGAGAGAAAGAGAGAGAGAGCCCAUCUGCCCUCAAAGACUGUGAAACUGUUCAAACCAGCUUUCCUUUUGAUGUUAAGUACUGACUGCAUUUAUGUAAUUUAAGCUAGGCCUGUCAUUUUUGUCAUAACUUUUUCUUCUUGAUUACGUUAACACAGGGCAGAAAAAAGCAGGCAGCCUCUUAUUCACAGCCUAAAUCAUGUUAAAAUACAAUUACAUCCUCAUUGACUUAUGAAUAACUUAAGGUUACAUAAAAGCAGAAAUGAUGUCAGUAUGAAUUAUUGGUGUUGUGUCUUUCAAAGAACAAAAUAUUCCUUCCACAUUGUAUCAUUAUAUUUUCCAUUUAAUGUGAACAAUUUAUACAGUGGGAACUCACUCUAACAUUUUGACUGAUUUUAAUAUUCUGUUUUAACGUGUAUUAUCUGCUCAGUGCUGAGGUGCAUAAACUUUACUGACACAAACUGAUUUUCUUUCCUAUGUUUCAGUCGUGCAUUGCACAUGGAAACGUUAAGCAGAUAUACUUAUCAGAUGAUAAACAGCUUUCCUUCCCCUGGUAGCAAUCUCCCUGAAAAAUGAAAUACACAGUUGUGAUAUAAAGCUGUGAUAUAUAUCUUUGAUCAAUGUCCCACUCCUCCUCAAAAUAAUAGCUAAAUCUAGCUGUUCAGUGUGAUUUCCUAUAAUCAACCCCACUUUGUUUUAUUCAGGCUUGUGGGAGGAUGUCUGCAAGCCAGUAUUCUCUUUUCAUUAGUUGGUACUAUGAUGGUAUGUGUGAUCUCAGAACCUGUUGAUACUGCUUUUGCUGUGGCAAUCCCAGUAAAGUUACAGCUCCUUCAGCAACAGAGACAAAAGCUGGUGCUGGCACCCACACAGCCUUUGGUUGUCACUGUUACCAACUGAUACAUCUUGGCAAUAGCCUUAGUUGCCUACUGUGAAUUUUUCUGCUUGUUACAACAUGAAACCAUUCUGGAGUUAAAUGGUAUAAAUAAAAAGCUUAUGUACAUUGGUUAUUAAAAGUUAACUAUGAAUGCGUCAAUAUUAAUAAAUGGACUUAAGAUUUAAGAUUUUACUAUUCACCCCAUUCAUUUUUGUUCAGUUUGAUGAACUGUGAAGCUAGAUGCAAAGAUUUAGAGCUUCCCCAGGGCACCUGGUGUUUAUGCGUUAACCCAUAUAAAAUGUGGCAGGUUAGGACGAAGACUUGCAGCACUAAACACCUUGCUACCAGGAUGGGUUAAAGCUGCAGCUGUCCAAGAUUGCAUAUAUAUGACCUGUCUGCCGUGUUGUGCUGUUUUUACUGCCCUGUGAGGUAUUGGUUUGAUUGUGUAAUCUAUUUAUCUUGCGUGGUAGUUAGUAGAUUUUAAAAAAACUCAGCCAGACCAGCGAAUCACAUUUUAAUCAGAGUAUAUGGAAGUUUCUCAAAUGGUCUUCAAGCUUUUGUUGGUGUAAGAGUGAUCUCUAGAUUUCAUUAAUAAAUGACUAAUGCUGAUCAAAAACCAACAUGCACAUGUUUAAUUUGACUUUUUGAUAUCAAGCUUGUACUAUAUCUAAUGUACUGACCAGGAUCGGAGACUUAAAGAUGAUCUUACAGUUUAUUGGGAAUUUGUAAUAACAUUACAUGGAUAACAGACACACAGUGGAACCCCAUAAACAAGAGUUAUAGUUCUUUACUACUUCAAAAUUAAAAUUUCAUUCUAGGUGCUCCUUUAAACUACUUCUAAAUUUUUAUUCCUAUCGUUCUUAAAAUUUGAAAUGGGACUGCUGUUGAUUACAUUUUCAGGAGGGCAGUUACUGGCUGUGAAAAGUUAUUGAGUCUAGUAUUGGGAGAACUGAUUUAAUCCACAAGAAGACUAGAAGCAUCCAGAAGGAGACCCUUAUUCAAUCAGUGUUUCUUUCCAUUAUUUCUCUUGGCCAGUUUUCCCAAUUAUGUUGCCAUUUGAUGUUUAAACAAUAAAUUAUGGCAUUCUUGGGAGAAAAAUCAUUCUUUCUGACUGUGUGUAAAUGGUGCUAACAGUGAGAUGCUCUUUAUGUAAACAGCAAACUUAAAAUGGAAAUUGUAUUUCAAUUCACAUUCAUGGUGGGCUGGAUGUCCACUGAUGAAAAUAACUGUUGUGUUAAGGUAUAAUUCAUGUAAUAAAUGUUGCAUCUUUCUAAUUUUUGCAUUCAAUCUUUCAUAGAAGUAGAUAAAAUUUACAACAGAUGUGAUGCUGUAUGGUCUCAAAUUAUCUGGAGCACCUUGGAACCCAAUGAUAUCUGUCUAUUAACAAACUAUUACCAUCUCUUUGCCAGAAAAGUCCUAAUGCACUGUGACUUCCUGUCACACAUUUGUUUGUGGUUCUCUUACUGUUACAGAAACCAUGAGAGUGUAAAGAGGCCAGUAAUAUGGAUGAGGUGAUGGGCUAUCUCAUUUAUUUCAAACCUUCGUUUUGUGUGCCAGCCAUUUUAGGAAGGAAAUGUGAAUGAGAUGGAAAAAAUGGACAAAUUGUUGCAAAGCUGCCGCAACUUGCAAAUAGGUUAAACUAGCAUUUCAUGUUUCAAAGAUGUGUUUAUUUUUAAAAACAGUGAAUUCAAACUCUUCAUUUUUUUUGGUUAUGGUAAUUUUCAUGGUGAAGUUGGUUGGUCUUGAUUCUUUUAAAAAAUGUAAUUUUUAAAAUUUUCUGCAUCUAUCUUUCUUUUGUUAAAAUACAAACAAUAUUAUUUAAGCUUAACUGUGGUCUGUUCUUUUGCUAAGAUGCAUUUGUUUUGCAUUUAACUAUUUCUCUGCCACAUUCUUGUUUCAGUAACUGCAGACUUUAUUCUGUUUAAAUGGUGAUCAAAAUGGAUAGCAGUUGAAUCUUGGUGGGCUUUACCAGACUUACUAGACUAUUACAAUCUCUGCCAUAAAAAGUGGAGAAGACUUUAAAGGUCAUUAAUGAAGUACCUUGCUUUAAUUCACUGCCAUCUUAAUAUUGCAAGUGCAUUGCUAACAAGUGAUUUUAAAAUGUAAAUGUACACUUCAUGCCUUGACAACACAGCAUCUUGAAUCAGGAAGAUGAAGAUGGAGAGUGACUGCACUUUUCAUUCUUGGUUGGUUAUUCAUAAUAGAGAGACCGGCACAAUGUGCCCACUGCCUCUAGCCUCCCCUGUUAUAGCAAAGACUUGGCAUUCAUAACCAGCUCUGCCCAGUGCAGAGCUCCUCAUAGAACAAGAUUCUGACUUUGCUCCCAGCCAUGGUGUGGAGGAGUCCACAGUAACUCUGCCAUUCUGCUGAACUGUUGUUCUGGUCUAGGAAUCCAUAAAAGUAGCAAAGGGCCCUUUUUGGUACCAAUUGCUAAUGUCAAAAAUGAAUAAAAUGCUGCUGUGAAUUUUUCAACAUCACUGUUUGUGAGUGUUGACAGUGUUUGAGUAAUAUUUUUAAUCUUGUAUGAAAUACCUUUAAGGUAAUUGUGGGGAGGCAAUUAAAAUGGAAUGCGUAGACAAUGAGCUACUGAAUUGGUUCCCACCCCGCUUUUAAAAUGCCUGAA